AUGUCUGGUACUGCUGGUAAGGUCAUCAGGUGCAGAGCUGCGGUGGCAUGGGAACCGGAGAAGCCAUUGACGAUAGAGACGAUAGAAGUGGCACCUCCCCAGAAAGGAGAAGUGCGCUUGAAGAUCCUCUUCAACUCCCUUUGCCGUACUGAUGUUUACUGGUGGGAUGUUAAGGGUCAGAAUCCGUUGUUCCCUCGUAUCUUAGGGCAUGAAGCUUCUGGGAUUGUGGAGAGCGUGGGAGAGGGUGUUACCCAUCUGAAACCAGGUGAUCAUGCACUCCCAAUAUUCACCGGGGAGUGUGGGGAAUGCAAAUAUUGCAAGUCAGAAGAGAGCAAUCUGUGUGAGUUACUCAGGAUCAACAGUGACAGAGGAGUUAUGCUGAGUGAUGGCAAAACAAGGUUCUCCAAAAAUGGACAACCAAUUUACCACUUUCUGGGAACCUCUACAUUCAGUGAAUACACUGUUCUUCACGCUGGCUGUGUUGCCAAGAUCAACCCUGCUGCCCCACUUGACAAAGUUUGUGUUGUCAGUUGCGGAUUUUGCACAGGUUUUGGUGCUACUGUAAAUGUUGCAAAACCAAAGCCUAAUGAUACUGUUGCUGUCUUUGGAUUAGGAGCUGUUGGUCUUGCUGCCUGUGAAGGAGCAAGGGUUUCUGGUGCAUCGAGGAUCAUUGGGGUUGAUUUACUUACCAGUCGAUUUGAACAAGCCAAACAAUUUGGGGUCACUGAAUUUGUGAACCCGAAAGAGCAUAACAAACCAGUUCAACAGGUAAUUGCUGAAAUGACUGAUGGAGGAGUAGAUCGUGCUAUUGAAUGCACUGGAAGCAUUCAAGCUUCGAUCUCAGCAUUUGAAUGCACUCAUGAUGGUUGGGGUGUUGCUGUACUUGUUAGUGUUCCAAAGAAGGAUGUUGAAUUCAAAACUCAUCCUAUGAAAUUCAUGGAAGGGAGAACUCUCAAGGGUACCUUCUAUGGCCACUACAAACCCCGCACUGAUAUUCCUUCUGUUGUGGAGAAGUACCUCAACAAGGAGCUGGAACUGGACAAAUUUAUCACUCACACUGUGCCAUUCUCAGAGAUCAACAAGGCAUUUGACCUUAUGUUGAGAGGGGAGGGGAUAAGGUGUCUCAUCUGCAUGGAAGAGUGA